ACCAUUCAUUCAUUCUCAGCUUCCCAGCAAAAAAUGAAGGUUUUCUUGCUUCUUCUCCUGGUAACAUUGGCUUACAGUCAGCCGGAUGAAAAUAAUAAUGGAUUUAUUCAAAAUGACGAUGAGUAUUUGCCUGCCGAUUUGGCCAAAAAAUGCGAAAAUUACUUUGAUUGCCAACAGUACCAAACGUGCAUCUUCGGACAUUGCGUAAGAAAAUGCACAAGUGAACGUGAUUGUCCACUUGGCUAUAUUUGCUUCAAAAACGGAGAUGGACAACGAUGCAUCAAGAAAAAUUGCCCGAAAAGAUGCCCAUAUGGCUGUAAAUAUGGUGAAUGUGUCCCUCGGCCAGAUUCGCAAUGAUUUGCAAUGAUUUUCAGUAAAAACAUACUGUUAUCAUGUGUUUUAAUAAACAAGUUGAGCAUUGAA